AUGGAAUAUAAUGCUAAUGAACAAGUCUGGGAAUCUGAAGGUACAACAAGACCAGAAAGUCCAUUUAAAGAAGAAACAUUUGACUCAGAUGAUAUUGUUAAAGUUCAUGUUGAUUUGGAGGAAGCCAAAAAAAGAUUUCAUGGAAGAAUUUUAAAUGCUGAUCAUGUUAAUUUUGCUGAUCCUUUUUCAAAAGCACGUAAUCGUGGUUAUGGAAGUGGUUCAUAUGUUCUUGAAGUUGUUGGUUCUGAUUUAAUAUCAUCGGGAGAGACAAUAGAUCAAAAAUUUACCAGACUAUAUUACGAGAUUGUUGAACUUAGAGAUCAAGUAGAAGAUGCUAAAGCUAAAGAUACAGAGGAAUACAAGAAUUCUAUUAACAAAGAUAAAAUAAUUCUUCUUUCUGAGAUGAUAAAAAAUGUAACAUUAAUAAAAAAGACAAAUGAUGAAAAUAAAUUAACAAAUGGUGAUAUGGUGGAUGAAGAAAAAGAAUCAAAUGAAAAGAGUUCAAAUGGUAUAAGUCAGGAAAUGUACAUUGCUCAACUUGAAAAUAGAAUAACAGAACUUGAGAAAAAGAUUGGAGUUAAUACUUCAGCAAAUGACUCGGUAACAUUACUAGAAAAAUUAGAGUCUUUAAAAGUUCUUAUUGAGUCAUUGAACGUCAACCAUUAUGGAGCAAUAGAGAAAAAGUGGAGAGACAUGAAAGCUGCUGUUUCCGCCAAUGCUGAGAAAAUCUUUGGUGAUCCAAAUAAUGAAGCAGCAAAUAUAGAAAAAAUUAAUACAUUACACGAGUUAACUGGACGAUGGGAUGCCACAUGUCAAUUGUUACCUUCUGUUGUUAAAAGGCUUCAGUCAUUAGCUGCCCUCCAUGAAGAAGCAGAGACAUUUUCUGAGAAACUUGCUUCUUUAGAUGAUAUGAAAAAAAGUGUAUUAAACGAGUUAAAGGUUGAAAAAGAAUCUUUAGAGGUAUUCCAGAAUAAAUUUGCCACAAUGGUUAGUGAUUUGAUGAAGAAGCUUGAUAAAAUUGAAGCAAAAUCAUAA